ACGUAGUCGGAAGAGCUGAAUAGCUGGGGUUGCUUUUUUUCCAGCGAACCACUGCCAGCAGCCAACGGGCAGAAGAAGCCGUGCGAGCAGAGUCACCACAGUGCCGCACUGACCACCCAGUGUUUAUACGAUUUGUGGAGGAUUAAACGUUAACCUGAGCCGCUCGAUGAUAAUUUACCAUAUCUAUGAUACCGUACACCAUUGCAUUUUCGCGUUAGCUGCGUUUUAGUUGUAACUGGAGCGCAUGGAGUCCGCAUUCAAAAGGUCGGUGAGGUGUUUUGCGGACAAGAGACCAUCCAGCUAAUGUUAGCUAGCCACGGAUUGUACUGUGUGGACUUAAGAGUGGAAAAGCUCAGUGCUGCUGCCCACUCUACUGACGGACGGACAGACAUCAACCUAAACAAUGGGCCUCAUAUUUGCCAAACUGUGGAGCUUCUUCUGUAACCAAGAGCACAAGGUGAUAAUCGUCGGACUAGAUAAUGCUGGGAAAACCACCAUCCUCUACCAGUUUCUGAUGAAUGAGGUCGUCCACACGUCACCCACCAUCGGAAGCAACGUGGAAGAAAUAGUGGUGAAGAACACUCACUUUCUGAUGUGGGAUAUAGGAGGGCAGGAGUCUCUCAGGUCCUCCUGGAACACCUACUACUCCAAUACAGAGUUCAUCAUUCUGGUGGUGGACAGCACAGACAGAGAGAGGCUGGCCAUCUCUAAAGAGGAGCUCUACAGGAUGUUGGCUCAUGAGGACCUGCGGAAAGCAGCUGUGUUGAUAUUUGCCAAUAAGCAGGAUAUGAAGGACUGUAUGUCUGCAGCAGAGAUCUCCAAAUACCUCACCCUGAGCUCCAUCAAAGACCACCCCUGGCACAUACAGUCCUGCUGUGCACUUACAGGAGAGGGUUUAUGCCAAGGCCUUGAGUGGAUGACCUCGAGGGCUGGACUCAGAUAGCCCCUCCCUCAGCCGCCGAUGGCCUGACUACCUGCACCACCCACACGGUGGCAACAAUCCUUACUGGCUUAUUGUUACUUUUUAUUUUUUUAAUGACAAACUUGGACUUCGAACCUCUGGAGACGGCACAAGACGGAGGGGCAUUGACACCUUCCACAGCUUAAUUGUUACAGUGGAAACUGGUGUCUCUCCCAGUGGAUGGGAACGUGACCAGAACUGAUGAAGCCAUCUGGUUAUCUAGAACGAGACUUUGACAGUAAAGGAGGAGAAGAGGAUCAUUUCACUAAGUUAAGAGUAUGUCCAAGUGCAAAGGGACACUGGACAUGAUUUACACUACAUACAUAUCAUGUUAGGUCACACCAUAUCCUAUCAAGAGAAUGCCAUAGACAUCACGUUGGUGCAUCUCUAUUAUUAUUAUUAUUAUUAUUAGUAGUAGUAGUAUUAAUAUUAUUAUUUGCCUCUAUAUAAGUUUGAUCAUGUUCAGGUAAAAAUUGACAGGACAAACAAAGGGAUUACAAGCAGUAUUGUAAAACCAGUUGUGAAUGGUGGUACUAGGCAGUGUUUCAGUUCUCAUGUUUGUUUUUUUGUUUUCAUUUUUAGCACAGGCAUACCACACAUGAUUUCAGUUUUAUAAGCUACAUUGUUGGUGGUUAUUCUCACACUACAGCCUGUUGGUGCGGUAUCGAAAUGUGUUAAAAUAUGAAUCUCCCUUCUUUAUUAACUUUGAACCUGUACUUCAGAGUUUUGGCAUGCAAACUUUUUCUAAAAACGGACCCUUACUUUAGCCAUUUAACUAAUUUUGCAAGGCAUUGAAUGGCUGAAACAUUAUUAUUUAAAAUGCAAGUUGCUCCGUUUUAAUAACAGUAUUUUAAAUGUAUACACUAUGUUUUGUCAAUGAUGCAUUAUGAUUGUUUGCUUUUAUAGGGAGUGCAGGUUUGCUCAUGGUGAGUUAGCAUCUAGACCCGUUUUGUAUUAACAGAUGAUCACUGGUGCUCUGCAGGUGUAUGUGACUGAUCCACUGCAUCCUUAACAUACAUCUUUAAUUUUCUGCAGCCAUUUUGGCACAUAUUCCACUUUAAACAUUUUGUACUUUUUAAACAAAGGGAUCAGAAUAAGCCACCAUCAAAAAGAUGCCACACAUCUAUGGGGAAGUUGUUACUCGUCAUCAACCAUCCUGGACUUGAAGGUUCAGGGGUUUAGUAGCAUUAAGAUGAUCUUUACUAUUAAUAUUUUGGCCAUCAUAUAGUUACAAUAAUUGAACCUCGGCCUUAAUUAUGUUGUGAGUGUCUGGAGGACCGUAUGUGUAUGAAUUGGUUUGCCCAUGAUUUUUUUUUUUUUUUACCCUUGUUUUAUUCUUUACCCAGUAUAAGAAUUCCUUGAACUUGGUAACAGAUCUAUGCAUGUGUCACUUUGAAACCAUGUAUACCUUUUGCAAGUUCCACAGUGGCCAAAAAGGAGGAGGUGCAUGAGUUUCAUCGAAUCAAAACCGUGACAUCUUGGUGGCUCUGGAUCUAUAGAGUAUAGUUUGUUGUGGGACAAGGUAUUUUUACACUAAGAGGGAAAAGGGUGAACUGUGCAGCCCCCAGACUCUUUGCAGCAUUAAGGUUUGCAGCUUUUGCUUUGAUCUCACAAAGCAAGGGAACUGAUCUUAUACUGUCAGUGUGGUGGUGUCCAGUCUGGGUCAUGUACUGUAUUUCAGUUUUCUUUUCAAUAAAGGAUUGUUUUUAACUUUGA